GCUUCUGGAAGUAACAUCGCGAUGGCUGCCCAAGGAGAACCCCAAGUUCAGUUCAAACUUGUUUUGGUUGGUGAUGGUGGUACUGGAAAAACUACAUUUGUGAAGCGUCAUCUGACUGGUGAAUUUGAGAAGAAGUAUGUAGCUACCUUGGGUGUUGAGGUCCAUCCUCUUGUGUUCCAUACCAACAGAGGACCUAUUAAGUUCAAUGUAUGGGAUACAGCUGGUCAGGAGAGAUUUGGUGGGCUGAGAGAUGGCUAUUAUAUACAAGCUCAGUGUGCCUUUAUAAUGUUUGACGUAACAUCAAGAGUUACUUACAAGAAUGUGCCUAACUGGCAUAGAGAUCUGGUACGAGUGUGUGAGAACAUCCCAAUUGUGUUGUGUGGCAACAAAGUGGAUAUUAAGGACAGAAAGGUUAAGGUAAAGUCAAUUGUCUUCCACCGAAAGAAGAAUCUUCAGUACUAUGACAUUUCUGCCAAAAGUAACUACAACUUUGAAAAGCCCUUCCUCUGGCUUGCUAGAAAAUUGAUUGGAGACCCUAACUUGGAGUUUGUCGCCAUGCCUGCUCUUACCCCGCCAGAGGUGGUCAUGGACCCAGCCUUGGCAGCCCAGUACAAGCAAGAUUUAGAGGUUGCUCAGACAACUGCUCUCCCGGAUGAAGAUGAUGACCUGUGAGAAAGUGAAGCUGGGGCCCAGCGUCGGAAGUCUAGUUUUAUAGGCAACUGUCCUGUGAUGUCAGUGGUGCAGCGUGUUUGCCACUUUAUUAUAUAGCUAAACAGAACAUGUGCUUAAUCUUUGGAUGCUGAAGGAGGUGGAUGGGCUUUGGAGUGAAUGUGGCAGUU